AAGUGCGAACAUAACCUGAUAUAACAGAUGGAGUACACGAGUAUCAAGGCUAGAAGAAAAUAGGUGGCUAGAUUAAAUGUUUACAUUUAUUAGUAAAAAUUGAUAUGUUCACUGUAUCAAUUACGUAAAAUACAAUUGAACAAAAGUUUUAAAAAAUAUGACUUCAAACGAACCUACCGAAGUAGAAAAGAAUCCUUAUGCAUACCUCGAAAGAGCUGAUUUUACGUCUGAAAAGUAUAAAAUUGAGGUACACGGGUUACCAAAAUAUUAUGGAAUUGGUGAAUUUAAAAAGCUUUUAAAUGAGAAGCUGGAGUUGCAGUCAUGUAAAAUAAAGCCACCAAAACGGAGCAGUGGAUGGCUUUAUGUAUCUUUUAGAAACGAGGAGAAUCGUCGGAAAGCUAUAGAAAUAUUAAAUGGGAUUUUAUGGAAAAAUUGUAAGCUUAGUGCUCAGAUUGCAAAACCUGCACCAGAUCCAUUUGUAAAAAGGAGACUAGAAGAAGAAACUACAAAGAAGCGUUUAAAAUUAGAUAAAGACGAUCAAAAUAUAUCCAUAGAAGAUAAAGUUAAAUUAACUACGAUUCCCCUUUGGGAAAUGCCUUAUCCAAGUCAAUUGGAACUGAAACAAAAAGAAAUGAGUUUGAUUCUAUCAACUAUCUGUAAACAAAUGUUGAAAGAAAGCAAGGGUGAUCUUUUAGAUUGGUUAAAUCAUCAAAAAACUAAAUAUCAUGGAUUGCCUUGUGAAUUGCUUCCCAUUUUGAGUACAGAUACAAUCACAGAGUAUAGGAAUAAAUGUGAAUUUACAGUUGGUAAAAGCGAAAAAGAAAAUGAAGUUGUAAUAGGAUUCAGAUUAUCUAGUUAUGCAGCUGGUUCCACGGCAGUGGGACCUAUUGAUAAUCUUUGUCACAUUCCUAACACAAUGAAAGUUGUAGUUAAGGUGCUUGAAGAGUUCAUGAAAAAUACUGAAUUAAAGCCUUUCGAUCCAGUUGAUCAUAGUGGGUAUUGGAGACAAGUUACUGUUAGAAGCACUCUUUGCAACGAUGUGAUGGUAAUAGUGGGAAUGCAUCCACAAGAUUUAAGCUCAGAAAAAUUAGAGGAAUUACAAUUGCAACUCAAAACUUUCUUUGAAACCGGAAAUGGCGUACAAGCACGAGUAACAUCGUUAUAUCUUCAAAUAAUGAAACUAAAAAGCGUCGACGAAAAAAGUGAAAACAAUUUUUAUCACAUUAGCGGAACGAAAUACAUAGAGGAAAUGUUGUUGGGAAUGAAAUUUCGAAUAUCUCCCCAAGCGUUCUUUCAAGUGAACACGUUAGGCGCUGAAGUAUUGUACAAAGCAGCGAUUGAUUUGGCAAAACCGACCGUGGAUACUGCGCUUCUGGAUAUCUGUUGUGGUACCGGAACCAUAGGCCUUGCAUUUUCAAAGUAUUGUGGCGAGGUGUUUGGAAUAGAAAUGAUAGAGGAUGCUAUCAAAGACGCGAAGGAAAACGUUGUCGCGAACGAAGUAUCAAACUGCGAAUUUUUUGUUGGUAAAGCCGAAGAUGUUUUGUCCCCUGUAAUUCGGAGAACCACUAAGGCCGAUAUUAUCGCUGUCGUGGACCCACCGCGAGCCGGACUUCAUCAAAGAGCGUUAUUGACUAUGCGCAAGGCGAAAAAAUUAUCGAGACUAAUAUAUAUAUCUUGUGAUCCUCGAGCAGCUGCAAAAAAUUUAGUGGAUCUAGCUAGACCCGUCUCAAAGCAAUACACCGGUGAACCUAUGGUGCCGAUAAAAGCCGUUGCUGUAGAUAUGUUUCCAUAUACCAAACAUUGUGAAUUAGUUCUAUGUUUGGAAAGAUUAUCCACAGCCAUGAAAGCACGUGAUUGUACGGAGCGAUAAUUGACGAUACUUGCAUAUUUCGUUCUUGUAACGUUUCUUUUUCAAUAAAUGAUACGAAUAAAAGUAUCGCCUCUCGCGU